UUGGGGUCUAGACGCUUGGUUCCAGACUGUGGCGGGAGCUCUUUUCGUAGACAGACAGCACAUAGCAACCAUUAUUCCUUGAUAGCAACCGCUUCGCGAAAUUUGGGCGUUCUUUGUUCCUAUUAGUUACAUUUUGUGAUUCUGUCAGUGUUGUUAAUGCUCGUUUGUUGCCUUCUCCAUUCUGUCCUUUGAAUACGAAUUUCUGUAUUCAGUUUUGAAUUGAUUCAUAGUUGAACUGAUAAGUGACUUAUCUUGGACUGUAAAAUGAAAAUCAUAAAGCAAUAGCCGAAUGGUGUUAUUAGCCUAUAUGUAUAAAGCUUUAUAUAGUAUUGGAAAAUAGUUGUGACAGUGCUUCAGAAGAUUAAUGAAGAUUAAUUUAUAUAUAUAUAUAUAUAUAUAUUAUAUAUGAAAUAUGCAUGACUUCUGCUCAUUUUGAAAAGAAAUUCAUUUCAUACAGAUAUUGGAAUAUAGAAACUAUAUGGAAUUGUAUGGAACUUUCUAUGUACCAUGCCAAAUAAACUGUUCAAAUUGAAAUCUGUUUAAAAAAUCACAUGUGCGUAUUCACACAUGACAAAUGUUGAGUACUGGGAAUUAUUCUAAUAAAAGUGGCUAUUAAGGAAAUACAUGGAUCUCAAUACUGAAGAACCUCACACAUGUGUGGUUUGUAAGAAGUCUUUUAAACAUAAAUGUAGUUUAAUUGGACAUGUUCGUAUUCACACACAAGAGAAACCUCAUGUAUGUGAAAUGUGUAACAAAUCCUUUAAAUCAAGAAGUACUUUAAAAUGCCACAUACUUAUUCACACAGGAGAGAAACCUUAUUUAUGCAAUGUGUGUAGUAAGUCAUUUAGGAAGAAAUGUCAUUUAAAAGAUCAUAUGUUUACCCACACUGGAAAAGUGAAAUCUCAUAUAUGCACUAUGUGUAAUAAAUCUUUUUACCGAAAUUCUCACUUAAAAGAACAUUUGCUAGUUCACACAGGAGAGAGGCCUCACGUAUGUGAGGUAUGUAAUACAGCAUUUGCACUAAAGAGUAAUUUAAAAUCCCAUAAGCGUUUCCACUCUGGAGAAAAGCCUUAUGUAUGUGUUGUAUGUAGUAAGACAUUUGUGCAAAAAGGUGACUUAAAAAAACAUGUACAUAUUCAUACUGGAGAGAAACCGUUUGUGUGUAAAGUAUGCAACAGAUCAUUUGAAAGAAAAUGUAACUUAGAGACACAUGUACUUAUUCAUACAGGAGAGAAGCCUCAUGUAUGUGAGGUGUGCAACAAAGCAUGUCGAUCAAAGUAUGUUUUGAAGAAACAUCUGCUAAUGCACACAGGAGAAAGGCCUUAUGUAUGUGAAAUAUGUAAUAGGACAUUUGUGUGUUGCUCUACAUUAAGAAAUCACAGAUUUAUUCAUGCAAGAGGGAAGUCUGUUAUAUAAAUGGUGUGCAAGAAAGCAUUUGAAAAAAAACUCUUUUGAAGAAAUACGUAUUGUUAAAACAGAAGUGUAAUACACCAAGAAAACUUGUAUGUUAGCCCGUUGUCAUUGCCAAAUAUGAUAUAUGAAUUAGUCGGCACUGAUAUCGAUGACAUAUCAAGUCUGUCAACAUAGUGAUCCUGUUGAAAUGGAAAUAAAUAUAUUAAGUCAAUAUCAAAUGCGAACAUGCAUUGUUUCAUAUAAAGUAUCUGUUAAUAUAAUCUUAAGGUAUGAAUUUGUGAUCUCUGUAUAAACAGUUAAUCUUUUACAUCAACAGUUCUCAGUCUGUGGUGCAUGUACCCCUGGGCUAUAUUAGGACUUAGGGAUAUGUGUAGAAACUAUCAGUAAUGGUUCAAAAUAACUAAAUGUUGUAAUAAAUGCUUAUAAGAAUAAACAUUUAGUUUUGAUAUUGGUUAGAAAGAAAAGCAAUUCCCAAUGUGAAUGUUAUGAUUGAAAUGUGUAACCAGUUACUAGUUUAUUUACGUGUCAUGUAGCAACUCCCUUCUCUGCUGCGUAUCAUAUGCUUGACAACUUAUUGUAUUUUCAUUACUGAGUGAAUUAUCAAGUCAGUUAUGUAACUCUCUUUAAAUUGUGGUACUGAAUUAUGGUAUGUGUUUUCUUUUAAAGUUUUUGACUUAAUUGAUUCUAUGCUAAAAAAAUAGAUAAAUAAUUAAAAAGUAGAUCUUUGCACAGAAGAAAAACUACUUGUAGUAGUUAUGAUUUUGCAUCUGCACCAAGCACAUUUUUGAAGACUGCCCAUUUCAGUUAAGUUUGAAAUUUCACAGUGUGAUGAAUAGCUUCAAGGACUCGUAUAACUAUUCGAUGUUAUUUAAAAUUAAGUUAACACAGUUUAGAAUUAAGGAAAGUUCCAUAGCUGUUUCAGAGCAUCUGACAAAAUUGAUUCUAUGCUCAAAAGGUUCAAUUUUAGGAGAAUUAUGUAAUAAAAAAAAUCAGAUGGGAAUUCCGAAGAUGCAGAUUUUUAUCAGAAUAAUUAGUCCCAUUCUACAGAGUCAAAGGAAACUUAAUAACUCAAAAGACCUGAAGAGGAUUUUUCAAACAUUACUUGUCCAAAUGAAAUGAGAAGGGCAGUUAGAUUUUAGAUUUUUUCUAUGAAGAUUUCGUUUAAGCAACCUAAUUACCAUUUUCUGGAAAAAAACAAAAUAUUUAUUCAUUGCAUUUUAUAAGUUUUAUGAUAAGGGGGAUGAGCAUGAGUCAUAGGUGUGAAGGGAAAGGUUAGUAAUAUUUUGAAAUUUUAAAAUGUCAUAAAUGGGUACAUGAAAGAAAAAAGACUGAGAAACACUGUUUUAUGUAAAAAGAAAAUUUUGUCAUUUGGUGUUUAAAAAAAAAAAAAAAAAAAA